CACUACCAUCGUACCAAUAAAACAUGGAAGAAACAUUGUGACAGAAGAAGUUUGUUUUUUGCAAAAAUAAAAAAAGAUUUUCCUUCGAUUUUUGGGCUUUUCCGUGACUAUUUCCGGGAAAACUGCAUACUUGGUGAUUACUGUGCUGGCCUGGAUUGUUAAUGCAUUGGUUUGUGGUGGAUUUUGUGUGAAAAUAGUGGACAAUUUCACGUUUAACAGUUCGUCACAAAAGAUUCAAUGGCAGCUGGAACGACUCUUCAGAAGGCAAUUGACCUGGUGACGAAAGCCACAGAGGAGGAUAAGAAGAAAAACUACGAGGAGGCCUUGAGACUCUACGAACACGGCGUUGAGUACUUUCUGCAUGCUAUCAAAUAUGAGGCACAGGGAGACAAAGCCAAAGAGUCCAUUCGUGCAAAGUGCAUUCAGUAUUUGGAUAGGGCGGAAAAGUUGAAGGAGUACCUCAAGAAGGGGAGCAAGAAGAAGCCCGUCAAGGAUGGCGAAAGCUCCAAGGAUGAUAAGAAGAGCGACAGUGACUCAGAUUCCGAUGAUCCGGAGAAGAAGAAACUCCAGGCAAAGCUUGAGGGUGCGAUUGUGAUUGAGAAGCCGCAUGUUAAGUGGUCUGAUGUAGCUGGGCUCGAUGGUGCCAAGGAGGCCCUCAAGGAAGCUGUAAUCCUUCCCAUUAAAUUCCCUCAUCUUUUCACGGGCAAAAGAAUCCCCUGGAAGGGAAUUCUUCUCUUUGGGCCGCCUGGAACGGGAAAAUCAUACCUUGCCAAGGCGGUGGCCACAGAAGCCAACAAUUCGACAUUCUUCUCCGUCUCAAGUUCGGAUCUCGUGUCCAAAUGGUUGGGUGAAUCGGAGAAGUUGGUGAAGAAUCUUUUUGAAUUGGCGCGUCAGCAUAAGCCCAGCAUUAUCUUCAUCGACGAAGUGGACUCCCUCUGUUCAUCGCGAUCUGACAAUGAGAGCGAGAGCGCCAGGCGCAUCAAGACCGAGUUUCUCGUGCAAAUGCAAGGGGUGGGCAAUGAUAAUGAUGGGAUUCUCGUGCUGGGUGCCACAAAUAUCCCCUGGGUGCUGGAUUCAGCCAUCAGGCGACGCUUCGAGAAGAGAAUCUUCAUUCCGCUACCCGAGGAGCAUGCGCGUCUUGUGAUGUUCAAGAUUCAUCUGGGCAACACAACGCACUGCCUCACGGAGAAUAACCUCAAGGAGUUGGCCAAGAAGACGGAAGGAUAUUCCGGAGCUGAUAUCUCCAUCAUUGUCCGCGAUGCCUUAAUGCAGCCCGUGCGGAAAGUCCAAACGGCCACGCAUUUCAAACACAUACGCGGCCCUUCGCCAACCGAUAAAAGUGUCAUUGUGGAUGAUCUCGUCACUCCGUGCUCGCCAGGAGAUCCGGGAGCAAUGGAGAUGACCUGGGUGGAUGUUCCCGGGGAUAAGUUGUACGAGCCUCCCGUAACAAUGGGCGACAUGCUAAAGUCUCUGUCGAUGACAAAGCCAACGGUCAAUGAGGACGACAUGAAGAAGCUCGACAAAUUCACCGAUGACUUUGGCCAGGAGGGAUAAAAACAACACUCAAUCACAAUAAAAAAAAUGAGAAAUUGGAGUAUUUUUUCCACUAGAAAUUCAAUGAAAAGAAAAAAAAAACAAACACCAAUACGACACUGUUGCCUAAAUAAAAAAAUAUUUUUAAGUGUAGGAUUUCCGUCGUUUAUUAGAAAAAAAACAUUUCCGCGAGAUUUUCUGCGAUGGAUUUCCUCAAAUUUCUCUCUGCUAAAUGGGUGGUGGUACCUCUUACUGGCUAAGCUUUUGUGCCCCUCCCUUCUGCGCUGGGGGAAUUUAGGCAAUCCAUCCGACAACGUAAAAAUGAAAAAAAAAUCUUCUCUAUUUAAUGAAUUUUUGGAAUCUUACGAAUUUGGUGAGAAAAUCAUGAUUUCGCUUUCAAGAAAUAUAUUUGUAAAAUAUAAAUGUGUACAAUAAUAUAAAAUAUGUAAAAUAA